UGAAACGCAAAUUUUGCUUGAAAACCAUUGGAAAUGAGACGUGCAAAACUUGUUUCUACUUCGUUGAAUGUGCCGAAACGCAGGUUUUGAGAGGUUUUCGAACCCUGUGGUUGAAUGUUGACGACUAAAAACAGCAAAAACGCAGGCGCAGUUGUCAGCCCGGCGGGUUAUGUGUGUACUCAUUAGGUUUAUUGUAUGUUCAUUAGGUCUAUAUAUAUAUAGACAUUGGGAUGCAAGGCCACAGAAGAUUGGUCUGCAGGUUCUUCGUCAUGAUCGUUGGCGGAAUGUUGGGGGUGGCCCACCCGGCGACCCCAAAGGACUGGUGAAGGGGCCAAACUCCAAACAGUCUUGGAACACGGAUGUUCAAAGGAGAUACCAUGAUAUAACAGGGCAAAGGUACAUAGCAAAGGAUCCACUAAUUGCCAAAUUCUAAUUCAAUCAACAUCACAUCCGGCAAGCUACCCGAUCUUUGGCUUUAUCAUAUCUCCUCACGCGAUUCACGCGAUCUCUCUCUUCGGGGAUGCCGAUCGACCCGAGCGCGAGUUUGUCAAGGGGGUUGUUUGACCAAGAUACCCACAUCUACUCUUCAGGAUUGACAGGGGCUGACCAUACAUAGUAGGAUUUUGUCCGUCCAUCCCCCGUUCCUAUAGCUGCCAUGAGUUUUGUUCAGUACUCACGCCUGAUCACAUGCUGGCUGUGUCUCUUUCUGCGUCCUGCGCAGACCAAGAGCAAGAGGGAGCUCAUCGAAUACUUGAUGCAGACAGCGCCCAGAGACAUGCUAGCACGGCUGCGACUCUUGGGGACCGUGAAAAAUGCGGUGAAGUCGAAGACCCAAGCUGAGAUGCUGGAGGCGGUGAAGGAGGUGUGGAGGCUCCGGGCCCGCGACAAUGUUGAGAUCCUACAGAACUGCGACAAUCUCGAAAAACCUUUGCCUAUGCAGCCUGGAUUGCUGACGCCUGGGUUGGUGAAAGGCGCUCCGGCGGAGGCGGAGCCGGUGCCCGAGCCGCCGCCCGACGGAGAGGAUGUCCAGGAGAUUGAGGUGAUCAUCGCGCAGGGCACAGACAAUGAAGCAGAGGACUCGGACGAAGAGGAGCCGCGCGAAGAGGAUGUGUCCCAAAGCAGCGAUGCUGCAAAGGAAAGCUCCCGGCCAAACUCAGCAGCGGAAAACUCAGCGCCAAUCGCGACAGUGACAAAGCCAACGGCUCGGGUUUUGCCGCCCUGGAAGCAAACACCGCCCAGUGCAGCCCCCAAAGCGACUGCAGUGCCCAGUGCAGCCCCCAAAGCGACUGCGGUGCCCAGUGCAGCCCCCAAAGCGACUGCGGUGCCCAGUGCAGCCACCAAAGCGACUGCGGUGCCCAGUGCAGCCACCAAAGCGAGUGCGGUGCCCAGUGCAGCCACCAAAGCGACUGCGGCCGUGCCUUUCCCGAAAGGCAGUCAGCCGAGCACGUACAUGAUCGGGGGGCGCCAGGUGAAAAUUGUUGCACCACUGACAGCGGGGGUCGUCGAGGCACCAAUCCUCUCAGGCUUGACUGGCCGUCAGCCUCGCGAAAGGAUGGCGCUGCAACCUGCCAUGACGCCAAGUCCUCCCCCACCACGCCUGGCUGGCAUCACAGAGGAAACCGAGGUCCAACGAUCCAGGCCUUGUCAGGUGAUGCCAGUGGGGCGUGUGACGAUGGAGGCGACCGAGGAGGAGAGCGAGGAUGAGGCUCCACAGCCUAAGUGGCAAGCCUUGGUGGACAGAUUGUCCAGCUGCAUCCUAGGCGCGGUGGAGAAGCCAAGAGCUGAAGCGCCUGUGUUGCGGGAGGAUUUGGUGCCCGAGACGCCAAAAUUGCGGAGCUUGAAGAGCUUGAGCCUCUCGGAAGAGGAGCGGAUCCAGAUGGCCCUGGCCGACCUCUACUUGGGGGUGCCAGCCUGCAUCUCCGCCUCCAAGUCGGAGCUGCAAGCUGUAGGCAGACGUUCCUGCGGGCGGUGCUGGAGCGGCUUCGUGCAGGAGGUGCAGCUCACCGCUUGGCUGAACAGAUGGCACUGCAGCGGUGGGAGGCUGCGAAGAGAGCUCAGGAGGAGCUGCUCUCGAACCAGCCCGUGCUGUCCGCCUUGGGGGCCGAACUCCAGGUCCGACUCGCUGUGCACCACGUUGGUGGCGCCAGCCAUCCGGGCUGUGCUGAGGAUGGGGCUCCGACUCUUGGGCGGAUCCGUCCCUUCCACAAAGAUCCAUCAAUCAAUCAGAACUGAAUUCCACACACACAUUGAAACCUGACUGCUGAGUGUUUUUUUACCCUCCCUUUUGUCCGGAGCACCUCCACCCACUGGAGAACAGCAUGGUAAUUCAGCAGCAUGGGUCUCGCAUGGUCUAGCCUAACUUAAGUGCAACUGCAUAUAUGGUGUUUGAAAGAAUGUUUGCUUCCCCGCCCUUCUCACAGGUCUUUUGGGGGUUCCUAAGGCUGUUGCAUGAGGAGCUAUCAAAGCUUCAGAGAGAGAUUGCUGAAGAAGGACGGCAUCAAGAGCAGCUGAGCUUCACUGCUCAAACGCUUGAAGCGGAACGCCAGUGGUUCAGCUCGAAAGCUC